AUGUCAGCGUAUAACCGCGGAAAUGCGAAGGCGGACGGGGACGGCUUGCCACGUGUACGCAUGCUGAGCUGUCUGCACGCGCUUUUCACGCAGCUGCACGAUUCGGGAAUUGAGGAGGCAGCGGCGGAGGGAGGUAGGUUCUGGCGAGGAGACAUCGGAAGGGAGGUAGUUCACUACUUCGCCCCUCUUCCCCUUCUUCCCCCAACCAUUGCUCCCAUUCUGCACCUGCGGAACCUUAUCAUACCCUUCCAUCCCUCCCCUCUCCCCUCUCCCCUCUCCCCUCUACCCUCUCCCCUCUACCCUCUCCCCUCUACCCUCUCCCCUCUACCCUCUCCCCUCUACCCUCUCCCCUCUACCCUCUCCCCUCUACCCUCUCCCCUCUACCCUCUCCCCUCUACCCUCUCCCCUCUACCCUCUCCCCUCUACCCUCUCCCCUCUAACCCUCUCCCCUCUACCCUCUCCCCUCUACCCUCUCCCCUCUACCCUCUCCCCUCUACCCUCUCCCCUCUACCCUCUCCCCUCUACCCUCUCCCCUCUACCCUCUCCCCUCUACCCUCUCCCCUCUACCCUCUCCCCUCUACCCUCUCCCCUCUACCCUCUCCCCUCUACCCUCUCCCCUCUACCCUCUCCCCUCUCCCCUCUACCCUCUCCCCUCUCCCCUCUACCCUCUCUCCUCUCCCCUCUACCCUCUCCCCUCUCCCCUCUACCCUCUCCCCUCUCCCCUCUACCCUCUCCCCUCUCACCUCUACCCUCUCCCCUCUCCCCUCUACCCUCUCUCCUCUCCCCUCUACCCUCUCUCCUCUCCCCUCUACCCUCUCCCCUCUCCCCUCUACCCUCUCCCCUCUCCCCUCUACCCUCUCCCCUCUCCCCUCUACCCUCUCCCCUCUCCCCUCUACCCUCUCCCCUCUCCCCUCUACCCUCUCUCCUCUCCCCUCUACCCUCUCUCCUCUCCCCUCUACCCUCUCCCCUCUCCCCUCUACCCUCUCUCCUCUCCCCUCUUUCUUCUUUCCUCCCCUCUCCCCUCUCCCCUCCACCGUCCCCAACCGUCCCAUCCCACGCCCUGCCAUAGCACAGCUUAGCGCAGCUGUGGGUGCUUUUCAGCUAGAGGGUGUUGAGAAGGCAGUGCAAUGCAAAUUCUGCACCUGCCGUACCUUGCUAUGCCUUUCUACUCUCCGCCCCCAUCUCCCCUCUCCCUGCUCCCUCUCCCCUCCCUCAACCGUCCCCUCCCACGCCCGACUCUCCUCCCCUGCCCUCCUACACUCCUCCCUGAACCCCACCCUCAGGCGCUCUCAGCCCGUCUCCCCACCCCUCCCUUCCUACUUUCACCCCGCCUCCCGCCUCAGGGCGACCCCACCACACCCUCCCCCCUCCCCACCACAGGGCGACCCUCGCAGGGUGCCUCUCUUUGCCUUCCGCACCUUCGCUCUUCGCGCCCAACUCGACUGCUACUCCUGUCUUUCCUCCUCUUGCCCCCAUCCCCCCACCCCCCCAACCCCACACAACCCCCACCCCCCACCACCCCACCCAACCUCACAGGGCGACCCUCGCAGGGUACCCCUCUUUGCCUUCCGCACCUUUGCUCUUCGAGCCGAACUCGACUCCCAAGCCCUGCGAUCCACAUCCGAACCUGCCGCCGCCGCCGCUGCUGCUGCCGAACCUGCCGCUGCCAACGCCGAACCUGCCAAUAAGCCCCCCCCUGCCACUGCCAACGGGUGCCACCCUUCCUCCUCCCCCUCCCCCUCUCCCUCCCGUUGGGACGUUGAGUCCUACCGCAUUGCCGCCGCGCCAUUGGAGGAUCUGCUGGAAGAUCUGACGGACGAGGUGCAAGCAGUGUGGGAGGCGUCCCAACGGACGGUGUACGAUGUGGCGAUCACACUCGCCCCUGUCUUGGCCCAGUAUGCCUUGCUGGGUCGAGCCAUGCAGCUGGUGAUCCAGGAGAAUAAUCAGGUGGUUACAGCGGAGGGUGGCACUGGUGGUGCUGGUGGUGCUGGUGCUGGUGUUGCUGUGAAGCGCCUGCUGCACUCCAUAGGCGCCCCUUCCUCGCAGCACGCGAUGCUGAGAUCCUCUGAUAAGUCUCUGCUCAUGGCGGUUACUCUCCCAGAGGUGAGAUUUGAGGCGGAGAGGCGGGUGGGCGAGCAGUUGGCGUGGGCUGUGGAGGGGGGGGCUAGGCUGGAGAUGAAGCAGGGGCGCGGGCAGUUUGUGGGGAGUGGGGGGAGUGUUGGGGGGAGCGGGGGCGCGGGGGUGGGAGGGUUGGCUGGGGGAGGCGGAGGGGCGGGAGGUGGAGAUGGAGGGGGAGGGGGAGUGGUGCUGGAGCUUCCGGGGAGGAUGCCGAUAAUAGGAGGGAUAGGAAAGGGAGCAGGAGCAGCAGGAGGCGCAGGAGCAGCAGCAGCAGGAGGAGCAGGAGGAGCCGGAUCAGGAGCAGGAGGAGGAGGAGGAGGAGGAGCAGGAGCAGGAGCAGCAGGGAGGGCGGGUAUGGGAGGAGCCGGAGGCAGGGGCACGAAACACCAAGCCCUCCUGCGCCGAUCCUUCGCCAAGCGACUCGAAUCCGUACCUGACGGCACAGACCUGGAAGAGCUUGAACCAGCCAAGGCGAUUCCGUACGAGGAGGUGGAGCGGGCGACGCAGGGGUGGGCGGAGGAGGCAAAGCUGGGGGAAGGGGGGUCGGCGGUGGUGUACCGGGGAUGUGGGGCGGACGGGCAGCUGUGGGCUGUCAAGCGCGGGAAGAAGGGCGGGAUCUCUCGACUGAAGGACUACGAGAAAGAGAUCCAUGCAGUGUCGCAGCUGCGCCACCCCAACCUGGUGCGGCUGCUGGGGUACUGCGAGGAAAGAGAGGAGCUUCUGCUCAUCUACGAGUUUGUGCCCAACGGCAACCUGCGCCAGCACAUCGCGCCUAUCAGGGGCGAGGCUGCUAUCGAAGGGAAGCCCGGCGGCAUGCUGUCGUUUGACAAGCGCCUGGAGGUGGCACUGGGGGUUGCAGAGGCGCUGCAGUACAUGCAUGGGUGCCACCCGGCGAUCAUUCACCGCGAUGUGAAGACUCUCAACGUGUUCCUCGAUAACGACCUGCAUCCGAAGCUAGGCGACUUUGGCAACGUGAAGGAGAUCAGCGACGAGUCUACGUCGCCCACGCACACGCGAGUGGUCGGCACGCCGGGCUAUUUGGACCCGCAGUACUGCCAGACCAGCAUCGUGUCUGAUCGCUCUGACGUCUACAGCUUUGGAGUGGUGCUUCUAGAGCUCAUCACAGGCAAGGCGCCCGUCCUCAAGGAAUCAGACGACGCGGGAGAGAGGAUGGCGCUCGCCAAAUGGGCCACCCCCGCCAUCUGCAGCGGCCACACGGACUCAGUAGCAGACCCAGUGCUGCUGGAGUCGAGCACCCCGCAGGCGCUGCAGGCGGUGGGCAGUCUCGCCGCCAUGUGUGUGCAGCGCCUGCCCAAGGACCGCCCUGCCAUGGGGGAGGUGGUGAGAAGGCUGAAGACCAUCAGACAGCAAGCUUUAGCAGCAGCAGCCACAGCUUCAGGCAGUCUCCGAGGCUUCCCCACGUUCGGCCGAGCCGGGUCAGACCCCCACGACGAGGGACACUGGGAGGAUGACGAGUUGGAGGAUGGGGAGGAGGAGCAGGGGGAGCAUCGGCAAGGGUAUGCCCGAGCACAUGGGGAGAGCAGCCGAGACCGGCCGGGGAGUGGGCAUGGGCGUGGGCGGGGGGGCGGGCAUGGUGGGGAGCAUGAGGGGGAGCGAGGGGGAGGGCAUGGGAGGGAGCGUGGGGGGGAGCGUGGGGGGAAACACGAGGGGGAUCGAGGCCAUGCAAGGGAGCGGUCGCAGGAAGAAGCUCCUACGAAGCAGCCGGGAAGAAUCCCCAAGUCGAGGUCUUUGGACCUGGCAGCGCUCAUGCUUGGGCUCCCGCACUCCAAGACAAAGGAGGAGGUGGGCGGAGAGGGAAGAGGAGGGGCCAAGUCCCCUCGAGGAGGAGGAGGGGCGAAGUCUCCAAGAGGGGGAGGAGGAGGGGGAAAGUCGCCGAGGGGAGGGGGAGGGUCGAAGUCGCCUCUCAUGGCACCGUCGUCGCCGCUGCCUGAAUCUGCCAAGAAGUUUCUGUCUGCUACUCUGGGGAAGAAGAAUAAGAUGAAGGAGAUUCAAGCUCUCAUUGCACUCCAACAUGCCAACCUGGCGGAGAUCCUGGGCUAUGCGCUGGAGAAGGACGACGUGCAGAUCGCAUACGAUCUCCCGCCCAACUCCGCCUCCCUUGAGAACUACCUCUUCCCAGAGGGCGUGGAUGGUGACUUUCUUCCUCUGCGAGUCAGGGUGAAGGUGGCGAUAGGAGUGGCCAAGGGGCUGGCCUACCUGCACUCCAAGUCGGUGGUUCACGGCAACCUCAUGUGCUGCAAUGUCAUGCUGGAUUCGAGCUACACGGCUCUGCUGACGGGCUAUGGGCUGGCGGCAAUACUGGCCAAAGGGUCGUCCAAGAAGACCCUCAAGGGAGCGGAGGGCAUGGGGAAGGACGCGUUUGACUUUGGAGUAGUACUCUUCUCGCUGCUCACGGGCCGGCAGGGAGCACACAGCACGGCGCAGCAGCACGGAGCAGAGGCCCUCUUUGACUGGGCCGAGCCCUACACUGACGACCUCGCUCGCAGCGCGGAGUGCGGCAGCGCUACGCGGCGCAUGGUGGUGCGCAUGCUCGAUGUGCUGGCUAAGGAGUGCAUGCAGGAUGACCCGAGGCAGGGGUCUGCUACGGUGGAGGGUGGUGUUGCACGGUGGAGUGCUGUGAGGCUCAUGGUGGUGCGCAUGUUGGAUGCGUUGGCUAAGGAAUCAUACAGGACGACCCCAUAUGCGUACCCAACUCAACCCAGCAUGGACGAUUUGGUGGCCACUUUCCUCGUCGUCUUCAUCGCCUCUGCGGUCCUCCUUUCCGUCCCUGCGCGAGUCUCUGCCGCUGGGGCUCCCGCCAACGCGACUGCGCCUGCUAACGCGAAUGCUUCGGCUAAGGCGGUUGCUUCUGGCGCGAUUGGGUCUGCAAACGCAACCACGCCUGGAGGUGCUAACAUGAGCCCCAUAGCGGCGACGGCGAGGCAGAGCAAGAGCGCGGGGCUAGGAAAGAACUCCACAUGCGCCUAUUACGGAAACUACACCGCCAACCCAUACUUCGGCAAGGGGCUCACCGUGAAGCUUCCUCCCGCUGUCUUCGGCAAGCGCUGCGGCGCGUGCUACAAGGUGAUUUGCGCCAACGACACGAAGCGCUGCCGCAGCGGCAAGGCGACCGUGACGGUCCGCGUCAUUGGCGCGACCACCACGGAGAAGAAGAUUUCGCUCUCCGCCGUCUCGUGGUCCAAGAUCGUGCAGGGAUCCGACGCCACCCCCGUCAGAUUCACGUACAAGCGCACUAACUGCCAUUCGACCCUCGGAUCGGCGGUGCGCGUGCGCAGCAACUCAACGGCAGAGAAUUUCAACAUUCAGAUGGUGGGGCUUGCCGGCCCCGGCGCGCUCAAGGCGGUCGAGAUUAGCGUGGACGGCAAGAAGUGGGCGAAGCUGACCCGCGACGGCAGCAAGGCGAUCUGGGGGAUCAAGGGCAAGGAGGCGAAGGCGGUUUUGGGCGCGAAGAAGGCGGUGAGCGUUCGCCUCACUGCGUUACACACCCUCGAGAAGACCCUCGAGAAGGUCAUUCCCGCCGCCUGGAAGCCACAGACGCUGUACUCGAGCAAGACCAACUUCAAGAAGCUCAUGGCUGAGAGCAAGUAG